UGCCGCUGCGAUCCAGCUUGACAGGCGCGGUCCCUGCAAGUAGCUCUGCCCUUUCGGCUUUCCCCCCCGGCCUAACCUUCAAACUGCUUUGCCGCCGCCGCCGUCCCGCAGCUCCUGCCUCCGAAGUCGCUCCUUCCCCAUGUUCCGGGGCAGGAGUCCUGAAAGCGAAGACCCGCCCGCCAGCACCCCAUCAUGUCCGAACUGACUAAAGAGCUGAUGGAGCUGGUAUGGGGCACCAAGAGCAGCCCCGGUCUCUCCGACACCAUCUUCUGCCGCUGGACUCAAGGGUUUGUGUUUAGUGAAUCAGAGGGAUCGGCAUUAGAACAGUUUGAAGGUGGCCCCUGUGCUGUUAUUGCACCUGUUCAGGCAUUUCUUUUGAAGAAACUCCUGUUUUCUUCUGAGAAGUCUUCUUGGCGGGAUUGUCCAGAGGAAGAGCAGAAGGAGCUCCUUUGUCAUACCUUAUGUGAUAUUUUAGAAAGUGCUUGUUGUGACAACUCUGGAUCAUACUGCUUGGUUUCAUGGUUAAGAGGAAAGACAACUGAGGAAACGGCUAGUAUUUCUGGGAGUCCUGCAGAGUCUAGUUGCCAAGUGGAACAUUCUUCUGCCUUGGCUGUCGAAGAGCUUGGCUUUGAGCGAUUUCAUGCAUUAAUUCAGAAAAGAUCAUUCAGAAGUUUAUCAGAAUUAAAAGAUGCUGUCUUGGAUCAGUAUUCAAUGUGGGGAAACAAAUUUGGAGUAUUGCUUUUUCUGUAUUCUGUGUUACUGACAAAGGGCAUUGAAAACAUAAAAAAUGAAAUUGAAGAUGCAAGUGAACCCUUGAUAGAUCCUGUGUAUGGACAUGGCAGCCAAAGUUUAAUUAACCUUCUACUGACGGGACAUGCUGUGUCUAAUGUCUGGGAUGGCGAUAGGGAAUGCUCAGGAAUGAAACUUCUUGGUAUACAUGAACAAGCAGCUGUGGGAUUCCUAACAUUAAUGGAAGCUUUAAGAUACUGUAAGGUUGGUUCUUACUUGAAAUCUCCAAAAUUCCCUAUCUGGAUUGUUGGCAGUGAAACUCAUCUCACCGUAUUUUUUGCCAAGGAUAUGGCUUUAGUUGCGCCUGAAGCUCCUUCAGAACAAGCCAGGAGAGUUUUUCAAACCUAUGAUCCAGAAGAUAAUGGAUUCAUACCUGAUUCACUUCUAGAAGAUGUGAUGAAAGCAUUGGACCUUGUUUCAGAUCCUGAAUAUAUAAAUCUCAUGAAGAAUAAAUUAGAUCCAGAAGGAUUAGGAAUCAUAUUAUUGGGUCCAUUUCUUCAAGAAUUUUUUCCUGAUCAGGGCUCCAGUGGUCCAGAGUCUUUUACUGUCUACCACUACAAUGGAUUGAAGCAAUCAAAUUAUAAUGAAAAGGUAAUGUAUGUAGAAGGGACUGCGGUAGUCAUGGGUUUUGAAGAUCCCAUGCUCCAGACAGAUGACACUCCUAUAAAACGCUGUCUCCAAACCAAAUGGCCCUACAUCGAAUUGCUCUGGACUACAGAUCGCUCUCCUUCACUAAACUGAUUUUACCAAGUAUUUUUAAGGAAGAUCAUAAUAAGAGAUGGUGAAAGUGGGAUUCAAGACUGGCGGUUGGCUAAAUUAAUCUAUACACUGGUAUAAUUGAUCACCUGUAAAUAACAAUCAGAAACACUUUUUCAGUGUUUAAGAUAUGUUUAAAUUAUUUGUUUUAAAGCUUUAUGUUAAAGGUUAUCCUGUUAUAACUCUGUGUGUGAAACUUACUAGCAAAAUUAAGCUUUAAUCAGACUUCAUUCCACAGUCAGAUAAUUGGUCAUUUACUUUUCAAAUUACAAACAUCCUAAGCAUUUGUACAUUGGGGUUUUAUUUCAUUUGGGCACAUCUUACUGUUUAAGUGGUUCUGGCUUGUAUGCUGUUUGUCUCCACACUGUAAUGCACAAGAGUUCAUUAUUGUCAUUCCUUUUCUAAAAUCUUGUUUUCCAUUAGAAUUAUCAGUAAAUAACAAAUUAUCAGCUCAGAUCCUUUGACAGUUGCCCUAGCUCUUGUAUGUUUAUAAAAAGUAGAAAUGAUAAGGGACCAUUACCAUUUACUCACAGAUGAAUAGGGGAUGUAUUUUAAAAAAAUGAUAGAAAAGAGAAUCUGUUUGAUAGUCUUAACACUGUUAACUUUGUUGCCAAACACACUUUUCCAAAUUUGUUCCAACAGCCCAGUAAGCCAACUUUCUGUAUAUUUAUAAAUGUGAUAAAUGCAUGAGAACAUCUGUUAUUACAUUAGUAUAUUCCAUUAUUUAUUAUGAUCCUAGUCAAUGGCCUAAAUAAAUACUUUUUUUCUUUACAUGUA